AUACGAAAGCAGAGCUGUAAAAAGCCUUAAAAACAGUAUCAACAAGCAGCUGUGUGUGUCACUCCAGAUUACACACAGAUACAUACAUGCAUCUGUAUAUAUACAUUACCCACAAAAGGAAGAAGAUAACCCUGUAGUGGUCAUCAUUUAAACAACCACUUUAUCCUCUCCUAAAGCUUCUCUCCUUUUCUCCCUUCUUCACUUUUCUUUUAACAAAAUGCUCCCCACUUCCAACGGCGUCGUUUGGAUGCCACCUCAAGAUACCACCAACAUUGAACAACAGCAAUUGUUAUUAGAUACAUGUGUAGAUACAAAAAUUAGCCCUUUUGCUUCUUCUUCUUCGCUCACUAGUUUUAAAUCACUUCUGGAAAAUGAUUGGUUCUCUAAUAAUUAUCUUGGGAAUGGUAAUUUAGAUUUUUCAGCUUCUGGUUCUCAGUCACAGCCGUUCACUCAUGACCCGUCACAGUCACAUUCUCAGUUUUUUCAGCCCAAAUCUUGCUUCUCUCCAAUGCUUAAUGGGUUGUAUGAUAAUGGGUUUCAGUUGGGUUCUGACCCGAAUUUCACAAACGGGUCGGAUUCUCAUGGGUUCAUGUCUUAUAAUGGGUUGAAUUCUGUGACUAAUUUGGAUAUGGGUUUGGUUUCGGAUUUUGGAGGGACCCGGUUUGAGAGUGACCCGGUUGGUGUCGGGUUUAACCCGGUUGGGUUUGGUGGGUCAUGUUUAGUUGAUGAUAAUGUUCAUGAUAAUGAUGAUAAUGCUUUGUUUUGUAAUAGGAGUAAUGGUAAUCAGAUUUUAAGGCCACUUGAGGUUUCACCAAGUGUGGGUGCAGAGCCAACUCUUUUUCAGAAGAGGGCUGCUUUACGACAAGGCUCCGGUGAGGGCGAAAUAGGGAAUUCAGGAAAGAGUGAGGGUUUGGGGAGGAAGAGGAUGAGAAAUGCGAGUGAAGAUGGUGAUGAAUUUGAUGAUGGCAGUAUGGGUGUUUCGGGUUCUUUUAAUUAUGAUUCGGAUGACUUUGAUACUAAAAACGAGAAUGGGGGCUCUGGGGAUGUGGAUGGUUCGAAUUCUGUGAAGGUUGGAGAUCGGAAGGGAAAGAAGAAGGGAUUUCCUGCUAAGAAUUUGAUGGCUGAGAGACGGCGGAGGAAGAAGCUCAAUGAUAGGCUUUACAUGCUGAGGUCUGUUGUUCCCAAGAUCAGCAAGAUGGAUCGAGCUUCCAUACUUGGCGAUGCUAUUGAUUAUUUAAAGGAUCUUCUGCAGAGGAUAAAUGAUCUUCAUAAUGAACUCGAGGCAAUUCCACCAGGCUCCUCAGUAACGGCAACGUCAAGCCACAAUCCAUUGACUCACACUUCUACCACCCUCCCACAUCUCGUGAAGGAAGAAAUAUACUCAAGUUCAAUGCCUAGUCCACAAAGCACAGCUGCAAGGGUCGAGGUAAGGGCAAGAGAAGGGAGGGCUGUCAACAUCCACAUGUUUUGUGCACGCAGACCUGGUCUCUUACUUUCCACCAUGAGGGCCCUUGACAACCUAGGGUUAGACAUUCAGCAAGCUGUCAUCAGUUGUUUCAAUGGGUUUGCUAUGGAUGUAUUUCGAGCCGAGCAAUGUGGUGAAACCGAGGACAUUCUGCCUGAUCAGAUCAAAGCAGUUCUUCUAGAUUCGGCUGGUUUUCAUGGAGCAAUUUAGCUGUGCAUCUGCAUCUGCAUUACACAGAAAAGGAUAUAGUAUAAUGGAAUGUUAGUUUUCCCUACUUGACUUGACAAGUUUUCUUAGCAGUGAGUUUCGUAUGAAUAAUUAGUAAUUUUUAUUCGCUUUUGGUGGUAGUAUAACAAUUAGCAUUGUUAACUGUAAUUCUAUUUUGUUGAUGGUAAAGAGUUUCAAAAGUUGGGUAACUGUAUGCUCAAGAUAAUAAUGCUUGGGUAGUAUUUACUCACAAUGUUUUGUUUCCAUCUUGCAUAUUGUAAACUUUUCUAAAAGAAUUUGUUUGAACCAAAGGAGCAGACUUUAUAUAUUAA